AUGUGCAAUGUGCGUGCAGUGUCGCAGGCGGGCGCGGUGGCGUGGCUGGGCGCGCGCGGCGCCCGCGUGGCGGCGUGGCACCACUCGCACCCGCGCUUCCCGCCCGCGCCGUCGGCGCAGGACCUGCGCUCGCAGCGCGCGCUGCAGGCGGCCUGCGCGCCCGCGCCCGGCGCCGCCGCGCCCGUCGUCGCGCUCGUGUCCUCGCAGGCGUGGCCGCCCGGACGCCGCGCAUCGCUCAUCAGAUGUUUUCGAACGGAGGAUCCGAAUGAUGAAUCAGAUUUGCCUAUCGGCUACCAGUUGAAUGUGAAGCUAGUACCGGACGUGACGGCGGACUCGCUGGCGGUGCUGCUAGCGGAGCUGCGAGAUGGCGACCACGAACCUGACCCUUUCCGCGUCAACAUGGCAGAGGAUGUGUGUCCGCUCGCUGGGUUGACUUAUUUAGAGAAGCUUGUAUCCAGCGUGAGGCACCACAUGCGCUCCGCCGGCUACGAGGACGACGACCCUCUCGUAGAACAGCUCGUGCAAGGGAUACGGGAUAUAUUUAGA